AUGGAUAAAUUACCACGAAUAAGGGAUUAUUUUGCGCAGAGGAGUGUCCUGCUGACAGGUGGGACAGGAUUCAUUGGGAUGGGUCUCAUUGAGGGUCUCCUGAGUGCCAGCCCUGACCUCCAGAGGAUCUACGUUGUUGUGCGCGAGAAGAAAGGACUCGCACCGCAGGAACGCCUCGUACGGCUCCUCUCGAGUGAAAUCUUCAAUCAUCACACUGCGGAUGUUAAGGCAAAAGUUGUGGCUGUUGUGGGGGAGCUCACAGCUGAAAAUCUCGGUCUCGGUGAGGAAAUUCUGCGGGAAAUUCGGGAAAAUGUGAGCGUAGUCAUUCACAAUGCAGGACUCAUAAAGUUCAACAGGAGCCUCCGUGAAGCCGUUACGAUGAAUGUUCUCACAACGCUGCGUUGCAUUGAACUCGCCAAGAGUCUGAGGAAUCUCUCAGCCUUCAUCUUCUCCUCCACAGCCUUGGCGAACUCCAACAUUUCCGGACGGAUCAAGGAGGAAAUUUACAAAACAAAGAGAUCCCCACAAGAGAUGAUCAGGCUGGCCCUUGAGACACCAUCGACGAUUGAUUAUGAAGCUGAAAUUAAGUCAAUCCUUAUUGAAGGGCACGUCAACACUUACUCCUACUCCAAACAAUUGGCUGAGAAUCUUAUUCUUGAGGAGAUGAGUGGAUUACCAGCUGGUAUUGUUAGAUCUGCUCUUGUUCUAGGCUUCUAUGAACAUCAAAUCCCCGGAUGGAUGGGCAAUUCCCAGAGUGGACAGUGUGGCCUUGUAAAAGGCUACGUUAAGGGAGCUGUUCGAUCUGUACUUGGUGAACCAAAUAGUGUUUCAUUUACAAUUCCCUGCGACUACGUUGUCAAAGGAACUCUGGCUUUAAUUACUUCAAUAGGAGCACGGACAACACAUCAAAAUAUUCCCAGCAUAAUCCACCUUUCUGGUACGAGAAGUACAAAUCCGUUAACAAUUCAAGGCUUUACGGAUAUACUCAAUGAAGAAUCCUGGAAGAAUCCUUGCGAUUCAUACGUUUUUCUGCCACGUUGCAAAGUAAGGAAUGGUUGGAGAUCUGACCUAUACAUGCUACUAUGCUACUUUAUAGCAUUGAUGUUCUACAUUCCUGACUACCUUCUUAAACUAACGCCAGAAUGGAUGAGUACCACCAAUUUAGUUUUAAUCCAAUACAAAGCCAGUAAACACUUUGCACAACUUCCGAUGAUUCUUACGGAUCUUGAUAUCAAAAAUGCCCAAAAUCUCGCUCAGAGACUUCAUCCUGAUGAUCAGAAGAAGUAUAGUUUUGACACAAGUAAAAUCAACUGGAAUAAGCUUAUUGGGAACUGCAUUGCCUGGCUAAGGAAGUACUACUACAAGGAUUCCUGCAGUGUUACGUGGAUGCAUAGGGCUGUUCAAAUAGGAUGCCUAUUCAUUGAAGGCGCCUGGUAUUUGUGGAUCUUCUUCACGACAACACUGGCAUUCCUCGUUGCUGGUUUCCUCCUGGAAUAUACCAUGGUUUACGUCCUUCUUGUAGGUCUAGCGGUGGGACUAGGACUAGCAGGAUUUGUUUUGUGGCUCUAA